CAACAAUCACUACUGCCAGCUCAAUGUACAAUCGUGUGAUAACAGAGUACAACUGUUUCAUUGCGGUUCUGUAUCUGGCACAAGCAAAAAACUGAUUCUCCGUGUUUCUGUUAAACUUCCCGUCCGCCAUUGACGACUUUCCACUUUUCCAGAUAUAAAAGCCAUCACAAAUGGCUACUGGACUCUGUGCGACUGUACAACACUCAUGACAAUGGGGAAUUUUUCUCGUCAGAUGAGGAUUUCGUCGGCUCUGGCGAGGCGUUUGCGGUCGCGGCCGGGCACUGUCGCUGCCGCCGCGAAUGCUGGCGGCGUCAGGUCUUUUACCACUACGGAGGGUCACCGCCCGACCAUAGUUCACAAGCGCAGCUUGGAUAUUCUUCACGAUCCAUGGUUCAACAAGGGAACUGCAUUUUCGAUGACAGAACGUGAUCGUCUUGACCUUCGUGGCUUACUGCCUCCCAAUGUCAUGUCUUCUGAACAACAAAUCGAACGCUUUAUGGCUGACUUGAAGAGGCUCCAACUAAGUGCUAGAGAUGGUCCAUCUGAUCCAUACAGCUUGGCUAAAUGGCGCAUUCUGAACCGUUUGCAUGAUAGAAAUGAGACGAUGUAUUAUAAGGUUCUUAUUGACAAUAUUGAAGAAUAUGCACCUAUAGUCUACACUCCUACUGUUGGUCUCGUAUGCCAGAAGUACAGUGGCUUAUUUAGGCGGCCUAGGGGGAUGUAUUUCAGCGCAGCAGAUCGUGGAGAAAUGAUGUCAAUGGUUUACAAUUGGCCAGCAGAUCAGGUUGAUAUGAUUGUUGUAACCGAUGGAAGCAGAAUAUUGGGUCUUGGAGAUCUUGGAGUUCAGGGAAUUGGAAUUUCAAUUGGGAAAUUGGAUCUUUAUGUCGCUGCUGCAGGCAUAAACCCACAAAGAGUACUCCCUGUCAUGAUUGACGUGGGAACAAACAAUGAAGAGCUUCUGAAAGACCCCUUGUAUUUGGGAUUGCAAGAGCACCGCCUUGACGGGGAGGAAUAUCUUGCAGUUAUAGAUGAAUUCAUGGAAGCUGUAUUUACCCGCUGGCCUCAUGUGAUCGUCCAGUUUGAAGAUUUUCAAAGUAAGUGGGCCUUCAAAUUGUUGCAGCGUUAUAGGAACAACUACAGAAUGUUCAAUGAUGAUGUUCAGGGAACAGCCGGUGUUGCUCUUGCCGGUCUUCUAGGAGCUGUCAGAGCACAAGGAAGACCAAUGAUUGACUUUCCAAAGAUGAAGAUUGUAGUUGCUGGUGCUGGGAGUGCUGGGAUAGGCGUUCUCAAUGCUGCAAGGAAAACAAUGGCAAGAAUGCUAGGGGACACAGAUAUUGCUUUUGAAAGUGCGAGGAGUCAAUUUUGGGUAGUUGAUGCUAAUGGACUAAUAACUGAGGCCCGUGAAAACAUUGAUCCAGACGCUCGCCCAUUUGCUAGGAAGGUCAAAGAAACUGAACGACAAGGGCUAACCGAGGGGUCACAUCUCGCGGAUGUGUGCACUCCGGAGGAAGCUUUUUCCAUAGUUGGUGACAACAUCAUUUUUGGAAGUGGAAGUCCAUUUAACAAUGUCGAUCUAGGAAACGGUCAUAUUGGUCACUGCAACCAGGCAAAUAACAUGUUUCUUUUUCCCGGGAUUGGGCUUGGGACACUUCUAUCUGGAUCUAAGAUCGUCUCUGAUGGGAUGCUACAAGCAGCAGCUGAAUGCCUAGCCGCAUACAUGACUGAGGAAGAAGUACUCCAAGGCAUUAUUUACCCAUCAAUAUCCAGAAUACGCGACAUAACAAAGGAAGUAGCUGCAGCAGUUAUUACUGAAGCCAUAGAAGAGGAUCUCGCAGAAGGAUACCGCGAGAUGGAUGCUCGAGAAUUGCACAAACUUGAUCAGGAUGAAAUUAGAACUUACGUACUCAACAAUAUGUGGAGUCCCGAAUAUCCCACCCUGAUGAGGAUUUCAUCGGCUCUGGCGAGACGUUUGCUGUCACGGCCGGGGACUGUCGCCGCCGCCGCGAAUGCGGGCGGCGCCAGGUCUUUUAUCACAACGGAGGGUCACCGCCCGACCAUAGUUCACAAGCGCAGCUUGGAUAUUCUUCACGAUCCAUGGUUCAACAAGGGAACUGCAUUUUCGAUGACAGAACGUGAUCGUCUUGGCCUUCGCGGCUUUCUGCCUUCAAAUGUCAUGUCUUUUGAACAACAAAUCGCACGCUUUAUGACUGACAUGACGAGGCUCCCACUAAGGAGGGUUGGGGACGGUAUAUCUGAUCCAUAUAGCUUGGCUAAAUGGUGCAUUCUGAACCGUUUGCAUGAUAGAAAUGAGACGAUGUAUUAUAAGGUUCUUAUUGACAAUAUCAAGGAAUAUGCACCUAUAGUCUACACUCCUACUGUUGCUCGCGUAUGCCAGAAGUACAGUAGCUUAUUGAGGCGACCUAGGGGGAUGUAUUUCAGCGCAGCAGAUCGCGGAGAAAUGAUGUCAAUGGUUUACAAUUGGCCAACAGAUCAGGUUGAUAUGAUUGUUGUAACGGAUGGAAGCAGAAUAAUGGGUGCUGGAGAUCUUGGAGUUCAAGGAAUUGGAAUUGCAAUUGGGAAAUUGGAUCUUUAUGUCGCUGCUGCAGGCAUAAACCCACAAAGACGCCGCCUUGACCGGGAGGAAUAUCUUGCAGUUAUAGAUGAAUUCAUGGAAGCUGUAUUUACCCGCUGGCCUCGUGUGAUCGUCCAGUUUGAAGAUUUUCAAAGAAGGUGGGCCUUCAAAUUGUUGCAGCGUUAUAAGAACAACUACAGAAUGUUCAGUGAUGAUCAUCAGGAAAUAGCCAGUGUUGGUGUUGCUCUUGCCGGUCUUCUAGGAGCUGUCAGAGCACAAGGAAGACCAAUGAUUGACUUUCCAAAAAUGAAGAUUGUAGUUGCUGGUGCUCGGGGUGAUCGGAUAUGCAUUCUCGAUGCUGCAAGGAAAACAAUGGCAAGAAUGCUAGGGGACACAGAUAUUGCUUUUGAAAGUGCGAGGAGACAAUUUUGGGUAGUUGAUGAUGAUGGACUAAUAACCGAGGCCCGUGCCCGUGAAAACAUUGAUCCAGACGCUCGUCCGUUUGCUAGGAAGGUCAAAGAAACUGAACGGCAAGGGCUAACCGAGGGGUCACAUCUCGCGGAUGUGCGGAAGUGUUCGAAAGGGUUGGCUAAUGAUAACUUAAGGCACUGGCUAUCUCCUAAGAUUGGGCUUGGGACACUUCUAUCUGGAUCUAAGAUUGUCUCUGAUGGGAUGCUACAAGCAGCAGCUGAAUGCCUAGCCGCGUACACGACUGAGGAAGAAGUACUCCAAGGCAUUAUUUAUCCAUCAAUAUCCAGAAUACGCGACGUAUCAAAGGAAGUAGCGGCAGCAGUCAUUACAGAAGCCAUAGAAGAGGAUCUCGCUGAAGGAUACCGCGAGAUGGAUGCUCGAGAAUUGCACAAACUUGAUCAGGAUGAAAUUAGAACUUACAUACUCAACAAUAUGUGGAGUCCGGAAUAUCCAACCCUGAAGCUGUAUAUAUUCAUCUUUCAUUUUUAUUUUAUUUUUCUUUACGAACAAUGUCAGAUUUUGUAA